UGCCUCCGCUUAUCAUUAUUGACACCAAGCGUCGUCCUCCAACGUUUAACGUCCGACACUGAUGCUUUUGAAGAACGAUCAGGAUCACGUCUACGCGGCACUCGACAAAGCGUGUCGUUUCUAUCCUGCGAUAGGUGAUAUGUGAUCUCGGGAACCGCCGACGUCGUCUUGAUACAUCCGCACAACAGACAACCACGCUCAUCCACUCCUCACGGAAGCCAAUCGUGAUCACUUUCCAUUCGAGGGCGUGAUCUCUGAGGCCGAAGGCUCUGCGCUCACCGGCCAUUCUAUCUCCACACUCGCCUGCCGACGCGCCAUUCUCCAGCUCGGCGACGCGCUCAAGCUGGAGAACCCCACCUGGGACUCGAUAAAAGCCGCCCGCAGCAAGAUGACCUACUCCGACUGCUGCGACAUGUUUAUGCGCGCCUCUAUCACGGGGACACAAUGUCUGCUCCUCGAUGAUGGGCUUGGAGGCGUCGAAGAGUAUGCUGAGGACUUUCGCUGGCAUGAUCGCUACACUACAAGUCCCACCAAGCGCAUCGUGCGCGUCGAAGUCGUCGCCGAGAAAAUUCUCCGAGACCUCUUGCGAGGUCACGAAGAAUACGCCGCGUCUGAGCAACUCGAGCUCGUGCUGUCGGCGUUUCUGGAUAUUUUCGAAAGAACACUCGCGGAAAGUGCCGCUGCCAACGAAGUGGUCGGUUUCAAAUCGGUGGCUUGCUAUCGGACCGGCCUUGACGUGGAACCGCCCUCUGAGUCGGCUGAGGCUGUUCUAGCAUCCCUCAAGGAUGUGGCGCAGGACUUCAAGCUGACCGGAAAGAUCCGGCUGGCCCAUAAAGCUCUCAACGACUUGGUUGUUUGCAAGACCCUGGAGAUUGCUGCAGCUCAGGACAAGCCGAUCCAAUUCCACACGGGACUGGGUGACAACGACAUCACGCUGACGAAAGCUUCGCCAUCUCACCUCCAAAAGGUCAUCAAGAGAUACCCGGAGACGAAGUUCGUGCUGCUGCACUCGUCUUACCCGUACACGAGAGAUGCCGGGUAUCUUUCUGCCGUGUAUCCCAACGUCUAUCUGGACUUUGGCGAAGUCUUUCCGUUUGUGUCUGGGGCAGGACAGCGGUCUAUCGUCCAGCAGAUGUUGGAAAUAUGUCCCACGAGCAAGAUUCUGUGGUCCACCGACGGCCAUUGGUGGCCCGAGUCCUUUUACCUGGGCGUGGUCCAGUCAAGACAAGCACUAUAUGAUGUGACCACCUGUUUCUUAGCUUUGGGGGCGCUAACACUCCCCUCAGGUUUUAGCGGACUAUAUCACGCGUAAGGAGCUGAGCGAACAGGACGCCGUCGAAAUCGUGCAAAAUGCACUGUUUCACAAUUCAAACAAGCUUUAUAAGCUUGGGCUCCAACCCAAUCUGUCCAUCGUCAAAAAGGCCACAUGAAUCUCAUAAUGAGUCCGCGUCCAGUCACAACAUCACAUGCCUGUGACAUUCGCGACUGAAAUCCAACUCGAGAUCUAAAAUGUAUUAUGUAUUGUACACAACGACUGCUCAAAAUAUUAGAGCCACAGGAAUCCUGUUGGAGCCUCUAUGUCGAUAUUCUCUGCGAUGAGACGCAGUGCCUUCCCGCCAUCAACCCUCUCAAACACUUUGACACCUCCGCCCAAAGCACCACCUGCGACCAGCCAUUUAUUGUCCGGGCCACUAAAUGCCAUCCCACGCAGAUGACGGAGACCUGUUCUGACCUCGGCUAUGAGCUCCAACUUGUCUCCCGAGACAUCAAAGAUUGCAAUCGAAUCACCCUCGGGCGACGGGUCGUUUCUAUUCGAAACAUAUGCAUACGCCGCGGGGAAGGCAGCAGUAGGUGAGGGGAUCAGCAGCUCUGCAGCGAGCAUAUCAUGGGGAGCAGAAGGUGGGCUGAACAUCGUAGGCGCCACAGCGACCAGCUCGGCUUUCUCGGGUUGAGCUGGAAACCGGUGCUUGGCCAAGGUGCUGUGCAGCUCGAGCACGGUAUAUAUGAAACCGCCUCCCCAAAAAAAGGCGUCAGUUCCCAACGCGAGCGGGUUCUCGAUUACGCGUACCGUGAACGGCCAGAUGGCGCGGUCCGCUUCCCGGCUCGUAGCGGAUAUGGCCGUCGACGCCCCAUGUGCCGUCGUCCUGCCGCCCAAGCCGACAGACACAAUCCGAGCCGAGAUCAGCGACGAGCAACUGGUUCUCGGCAUCGUUCAGAAUCACCUGGUGGGCAUGCGGGCCCUCUUGACGUUCCGAAUUGGGGCCAGAACCUUGCAAUUGGGUGAUAACGGGGUCGGACAGGAUGUACGGCGAGUUGGAUGUGAUGGGGAGUACCGCCACGGUGCCCGAGGAGUA